UCCAGAUGUAGAGGAAUUACUUUACCUUUUCGAAUUGUAACUGAGCUUAAAAAAAUGACAACAAUCACAAAUGUGAUUUUAAUAAAAUAACCCAAAAUUCUAUUUUAAGACAACGAUUCUUCAAUUUCAUUUUAAUAUUAAAUCUAGUAGAUCUAGAUCUCUAGAUCCUUAUUGAGAUUUUUCUUCAUACUUCUUCUCUGGUGGAGUUAAGAAUAGAUGUUUCACUAGAAAAGUGCAUAAUGGAUGAUCUGAAUGUUGGACGUGUGAAGGAACCAGACAAUUGAAAACUACACUGCAUUGCUGCUUGUGCUGCAGGCUGGGUGUUUGUUGAAAGACUGCGACCCCUGGUCUGUUCAGUACUAUUUGCAAUGUCAUUUUAGCUUCAGGCACCUACACAAGAGCUGAUCGCUUGGAGUUUCUGUUCUUGUCAGUUUUUCCAUCUUUAUUUACUAAUUACAGGGCUUUUAUUUUUUCUACUUUCAUAUUUACAUUUGAAAAAAUAAUGUUUUUUUCAUCUUUACUUUAAAACUUCCUUCUUGGUUAGUAGUUAGGGUGUUAUCUCUAUCUUCCUACUGAGACUUCUGCCUUUUAAAGUGAAAACUUCAAAGAUCCAACCAAUACCAAAUGAGAAGGUUGGAAUUUGAGGGAGCCACUUGUGGCAGAAUGGACAACUUUUAAGUGUUGUGUGUAGCACCACUAGAUUGUGUCAGUUUGUAAAACACUUUGAGCCCUGUGUUGUGUUGAGGCUCUCUACAUGACUUGAUCUUGAGAGAUUUUGUGUAUUCAGUCAUGAGUGGUCCAGAUUUGUCUGAGGAUUGGUUGAUGGCUGACACUGUGGAGAGUAGCGAGGACCCUGAGAUGAGGGAGGUGGAGGAUGACGAGGGCAGCAAUAACGAGGGAGAUUAUGGAGACCCUGGUGAGGAGCAUGAGUUUGAGAUCAUCGACCAGGUGGACAGCGAGGAGGACGGGGGCACUGAGAGACAGGUGAAUGGGAUAGGGAGGAAGCAGCUGGAUGAUAACUACAGCAGCAGCUCUGAAGAUCUAGAUGACUCAGAGCUUCAUGCUAUGCUUGAGAAAGGAAUUGAUAAGGAUUCCAUUAAGAAAAUAGAUGAAAAUGAUGACGGAAGACCAAUUAUCAAGCACAAAAUUGUAUUAAAUGAAUUGGAGUCUGACCCUUUUGAUAUUCUGCCUGAGGGCUGGGUGUGGGUGACACACAACUGCGGGAUGCCUGUCUACCUACACAAGGAGACACGAGUAUGUACAAUGGCAAGACCUUACUCUCUGGGAUCAGCAAGUGCUAGGACCCAUGACAUUCCUAUAUCUGCCAUUCCAUGUCUACAAUACAGAAAGCAGCUGGAUAAGUUAACAGUGACAACUGAAGGUCCAGAAACUGGUGCCAAGAGAGAGGAGUCUGUUGUGGUGUGUGAGGAGCCAGCCCAGUCCUAUGUCCCCAGCUCUGACGGCAAGUCACCUGCUAAAGUCUGGGUGGUAGCAGAAGAAUCGUCCAGUUUCAAGAAAAUAUCUGCCCCUGGAUCACUGGAUGCGCUACACACAGGGAUAGAGACAGGGAUUAAACUAAAGCCAGAUGAAUCUGUCUGCCUGUCUCCCACUGGACAGAACAUUGCUGUCAGUUUGGACACAUCGUGCUUUGACCAGAGUUCUAGCCCAACUGACACUGUGAUAACUUCUAUGCAGGUCUCAGAUGGGGUUUCCCCUCCUGGACAUGCAAACAAGAGUGCUUGCCCCUACUCCCAUGAUGCCUUAACUAACCAACAGACAUGGCUGAAACCUAGGGUUGGAUUGGAUAGCAGUGAUGCUACUGUAGACAUGACAGAUCUCUCCCACUCAGCUGAAGCAAGUAAACCUUCAGGUCUUGAGGCUGUGGCAGACACAAUGCUGGGGGGAGAGGCCAACCAUGUUAGUAGGUUGGUCAGGGAGGAGUCUGCCAGUAAUGGGGGGGGAGAGGCCAACCAUGUUAGUAGGUUGGUCAGCGAGGAAUCUGCCAGUAAUGUGGGGGGAGAGGCCAACCAUGUUAGUAGGUUGGUCAGCGAGGAAUCUGCCAGUAAUGUGGGGGGAGAGGCCAACCAUGUUAGUAAGUUGGUCAGCGAGGAAUCUGCCAGUAAUGCUGAGCCCUCCGAGCUGGUUACUAGUGGCAGCAAUUCUCUGGCCACCAUUAAGCGUAAAAUUGACUCCUUGAGAAAGAAGCAUGGAGGAAAGCAAAGAAAGCUGGACACAGCAUCUGGCUGGCCUACAGAUAAUAACAUUGCAGUCACUGCUGUGGAGAAUGAGAAUAGUUAUACAGCCUCUCAGAACACAACAGCCAAUGAGAAACUGAAAGCCCACGCUGCUGAAGUCAAGAUCAAGUCAGCUGAGGAGAGAGCUAAGGAGUCCUUAUUAGAUAGCACCACAAUCCACUCUUACUGCCAGAAACUGUUCCAGUUCAAGACACUGGAAGUAAAGAAAUACAGGUCCUGGAAAGAGAGAAGGAAACACUUGAGUGAGAGAAGUAAACGCAGUCGACCAGAAUUGCCACCAUCUACCAAGCUAAUCACCUGUCCAAUCCCAAGUAAUUUAAAAGUUGAUGGGGGAGGUGAGAAUGUGAAGAAGAAAGAAUUUAUACUGAAUCCAACCGGCAAAUCCUAUCUGUGCAUCCUCCAUGAAUAUAUGCAAAGAACUUUAAAAAUACAACCAGUGUAUGCUUUUAAGGAGCUAGAAAAUUCCAAGACACCUUAUGGCGCUACAGUUAAGAUCAACAACAUAGAGUAUGGUACUGGAUACGCUUCAUCUAAAAAGGUGGCCAAACAAGAAGCAGCCAAGGAGACACUGAAGGUUUUGAUUCCUGAUCUAUUUAAGAAGAUUACAGACCAAGAGAUCAAGCGCAAUAUAUCUGAUCUCUCUUUUUUUGAUGAGGUGAAAGUGACAGAUCCUCGAGUAAAUGAAUUAGGAAACAAAGUCGGCCAACCCAGCCCAUACCAGCUGUUGUUGGAGUGCCUUAGAAGGAACUUUGGGAUGGGCAAGACAAACUGUGAUGUCAGCACCAAACCCCUGAAAAACCAGAAAUGUGAAUUCACCAUCAAUGUUGGCAAACAUUCAGCCACAGUUGUGGCUAAAAACAAAAGAGAAGGGAAGCAACUGGCUGCUCAAGCCAUCCUUGCCAAGCUCCACCCUCAUGUACCCAGCUGGGGCUCCUUGCUGCGUCUGUAUGGCACCAGUGUAGAGAAGCCUGUUCAAAAGCCUGAAGAGGUGAAUGAUGUCAAAAGCCAUGCUCCAAAUCACUCAGUACUAGAGAGCUUGCGUGAUGAAAUGAAAAAGUUACACAGGCAGAAGGAGGCAAUACAGUCCAAAGGGAAAAUGAUCAUCUCAAGUAAAGACUUACCAAGUAAAAUGAGUGGUGUGGACCUUUAGCUGUGUCCCGGUGUGGACCUUUAGCUGUGUCCCGCUUGAACUUCUGGUCUUUUCACACAUUUAUUGCAUUGAACAGAGAUACCUAGAGUCAACAUUUUUUUUUACCUUGUCUAUUUUCUACUUUAGCCUGCUUAAUAUUUUUUUCAAGUUUGUAAUAAUAAUACAGGUUGAUGUCAUUAUAUUGUAUAUAGUUGUUAAUGAAAUGAAUAUCUUGGAUUAUUUCUAUACAGAUACUGAAUACUUUAUUUAACAAAGUUGGAUGGUCUAAGUUAACCUGGCUAACUUUAUAUCAAGUUGUAUUUAAAAUGUUAUUUUUGCUGUCAUUUUACUUGUCAGUUGGCCAUUACAACAUAUUUAUAAGUGUGAAUUUCUAGAAAAUCUUUAUUUAUGCACUAGUUGUUUCAUGUUUUUAGAUGGUGACCACUGCACCAGUUGGUGGGGGUGACCACUGCAUCAGUUGGUGGGGGUGACCACUGCACCGGUUGGUUUCUAACUGGGGGUGACCACUGCAUCAGUUGGUUUCUAACUGGGGGUGACCACUCUUCUAACUGGGGGUGACCACUGCAUCAGUUGGUUUCUAACUGGGGGUGACCACUCUUCUAACUGGGGGUGACCACUGCACCAGUUGGUUUCUAACUGGGGGUGACCACUGCAUCAGUUGGUUUCUAACUGGGGGUGACCACUGCAUCAGUUGGUUUCUAACUGGGGGUGACCACUGCAUCAGUUGGUUUCUAACUGGGGGUGACCACUGCACCAGUUGGUU